AUGAGCAAGGCGGCCAAACGCGCCGCUCUUCAGCGGUUCAGCGAUAACAAAAUUUUGGAUCUCAUACCUCACCCGAAUCUGGGUCGUCCCCAUGGCACCAACGACUACUCGCCACUGCCUGAGGAGGACAGCGACGGCAACUCAAUCGAAGAAACCAUUGCCAAAUACCCCGGCGGUUUCGACCCGGAGCAACACACCGACAAUCGCGAGCACGCCCGCGUACAGAUCCUGAAGCAAGUUUAUGGGGGUCUGGGCGAGAGCAACGUCCAGUGUUUUCUCGGCAAGAUUCUAGUCGAGCCUGCCAACGACACCACAGCUGUUCAUGCUCGUCUCGAGGAGGGCAGCCACGUUCUCGUCAAGGUGAUCGACCACGUCUUGUUCGAGUCAGACGCUCUGCUAGCGGAUUCGCAAUUCACCCGCGAAGGCGCUGCGCUCAAUCACUUCUACAAGAACAAGCUCACUGGCCCCGACCACAUCAUUCCCGAAUUCUUCGGCACGUGGGUCCUCAAGGUUGAGGAACGGCGCAGCGUCAGAUGUGUCGGGAUCGUUCUCACGGAGUUCGUCCAGGGUGUUUCCAUCAGAGCCUUGUCCACCUUUGACAAAGAAUCCGAAAUGUUUCUCCCCAAGGAAAACCCGGUUUCCGUCCCCAAGGUUGACGGCGGAACGAUCUCGCUUACGAUGAAGGCCAAGACCACCAGACUGAGAUUUCUCAAACAGCUCCUCGGCGAGUCUGUUAAGCACUUGAAGGCAGGCAUCGAGCGCGACUCUUGGUGCAUCCAUCGCAUCCUCGUCACCAAUCUUGAGAAAGGAACGGUGCUGAGACACCCGCGGCCUGUGUUGCUGCAUCUUUCCUUCAGCCAGGUGUAUUCCCUGACGAAAUGGCCCAGGAUGAGAGGAGAGCCGCCGACGCUUCGCUUCGAGGAGCUCUCGAGACCCAUCCAUCCCUUUGAGGUCUUCGAUCUUGACAACAUUGCGAAUCUCGAAGGCUGGCUUCCACCCGAAUGGGUUAACGAACCCUACAAGUAUGACGGAUGGCUGUUGCUUGAGUUCGGAGUACCUGGCCAGGCCCGUCGCCACGAAGCAAGCUACAGUACUUACGACGAGAAACCGGAGCUCCUGGAUGCUGAGGAGCAUGCCAGACGAAAGGAGCGCCUGGACAAGGCGAUCGAAUACUGCGACAAGCUGAAGCAGUAUGCCUUGCAACGGCCCGGGACCCGAUACCCGAGCCGCAAGAGACGAGGCCCUGAGCAGGAGCCUCAAGCGGCCAAGCGCAUCCGCGGCGACGAAUCGAGCCAUGCCGGCAGAGAAUCUCUCAGACCAUCCUCCCCGUCUCAAUCACCAAUGUCGACCACGUCUUGCUUUGAAGUUAAUGACCCGCAAGACGGCGACCACCCGCCAGGGGUGGGACACGAGCCUGUCCAUGACGAGUGGUUUUUGUUCUACAACGGCGGUCCAAAGGAGCGAUCGCAGAGCGAGUAG